AUAUAUUUUCAACACAGACCUGUCGGGCUCACUGCCAGCCUCCCUUGGUGGUCUUUCCAAUCUCAUUCGCAUAUUAACCCCUGCAGGGGUGAAAUGCGGCAGGGCUGGCAGCAGCUGUGAGAUCCAGCAGAACGCCUCCUCCUACUUCUGCCGGGCUCUCUGCUUUGAAUUCUGUGCCUCGUGCAUCCCAGUCAACA